UUCAUUAAUUUAAAUUUUCAAAGAAAGAAAUGACUUCAAGAGACAAAAUGGCUUUGAAGGAUAAGACUAAAUUGGAACAUAUUGAUAUACACGCGUCAUUACUAAAUGUUUUGAAAAAAAAUUUAGAAAUAGCAAACAGGGUAACAUUUAUACAUAGAGUUAUUUAUGUAGGUGAUCACAGUUUUACGGAAGAUCCUUCAAUUGCUGAGGCAUUUGGGACUGCCAUGAAACUGUUGGAAGGCCGGGGUUGGGAACCAUUAUCUGGAUUAUUACUAUAUUAUGAACGCUAUUAUAUUCAUAUGAUUGAGGGACCUGAAGAAAGCAUUAUGAGACAUUUAAAAAGAGUAUUUUUAAACCCUAAAUAUUCUCCACAUCUUAAAAGAGGAAAAAUUGUUGUUGCUUAUCAUAAUAUAAACCAGAGAUUUUUUAAAAAAUGGGGUGCAAGAACUGCUUCACCUCCAACUUUAUUAACGAACUUGGAUGCUAAUGCAAAUACGGAUGAAUAUCUCCGAAUAAUACGCAGUUUUCUUGAAAAAAUGUAUAAUUUAUGUAAAUUUUUACAAAUACCAUCCAGCGAUGAUGAGGGUGAUAAUAAUGAUGACAGUUUUGAGGAGGAACAAACAGAGGAUAUGGGUGAAAUAACAAAAGAGGCACAAGAUUUUUUACCAGAAUUUGCUCUGAUAGAUUAUCUUUUACAGUCUCAGCAAUUAUUAGACAUUAGUUCAUACAUUGGGCAAUACAAAUAUUUAAGUGCUUUAGAACCUUUUCGAGAGAACGUUUGGCCGAUAGAAUUCGAAAAAACCCCAUACGAUGUAUUUGAUAUUCCUGUAGAUCCAAUUGAAGAUUUAUUAAAACCUGAAGAAAAUGCCAGUGAAAUAGAGGUGGAAAUUGAAGAACAUAAUAUACCAGAGGCACAUGAAGAACCUGAGCAAGACGAUGAAAUAGAAAAUUAA